CUUCGACCAUUCCGACGGAACGAUUCUAUGGAAUAUGAGUAUCUUUCCGUUGCAAAAUGUGAAAUGCGGGCCACCGAAGCCGCGAAAGUAUCCCCAAGCUGUGGUCGGGUGCCCGAAAGGGGCUCUCGGUUACAGAUUGAAGGAACGCAACUGCAAGAUCGUCGAGUACCAAGACAGAUCCGCGUUCGAGCAGUAUGAAGCGGAGAAGAGGAGGGAUUACGAGCACAUUGUCAAGACUAUGGAUUUCGAGGAGCAGACGGACAGGAAGAUCAGCAACAAGAAAGUCUGGCAGCGUGUCCAGCAAGGAUUGGCGACCUACGAGGAAGGCGUGAACGCGCGACGGGAGAAACUGCGAGAGUUGCUGUUGGGAGAACAAAUGGGGUUAAUUCGCGAAGUGGUGGAACAGGCUCAACACGGCGACGACGAUAGAAUGGACGAGGUACGUCGAAAGAUCGCAGAGAUCCGAAGAAAACAGGAGGAGCAGCGUCUGGCUCUAGUGGCCGCGAAGAGGAAGCAGCAGCACAUAGCCCAGUGCCCAGAUUUGCGCGAGAAGAUGGCGAAGAAGUACACGGUCGAGGCGAAGGAGAUCAACCUGGCUCAAAUGGAGGACAACGUGACGAAGAAACGGGCAGAGGAAGAAAUGGAGAGGCUGUGGCACGACUUGAUGCUGAAGGAUAUCGAGGCAAAGAAGGAGCACGAAGUAGAGAUGGCGAAGAAGCGCUGCCUGGUGGACCAGGAGGUGGUGGCGACUUUGGCCACGCAGAUUGCAGGGAAGUUGGCUCUCGAGGAGCAAAAGAAACAGGUGCAGAAAGAGGACAGGGAGUACUUGGAUGAUCUAUUGCAGACCAUACGCCGGGAGGAGCUGGAGAACUUGGAGAAAGAACGGCGGAAGAGGGAGAACCUAAAGAAGGACCUGCAGGAGCAAAUACUGAUCGCCAAAAGACAGUUGGCUGAACGAGCUCGUCGCGAGGCUGAGAUAGAUAAGAUGCGGCAGACCAUCACCGACGAAGAGCUGGCGAAAGAACGGAGCAACAUCAAAGAAACCAGCGCGGCCCUGCGCAAGGAGUUGCUGGCUUAUCUGUGCUACCUGGAGGAUCUGAGGAAAGACGAGGCCAAGAGAAACAUCGAGAUUGACCUUGUGGUGGAGUCGGCGAUGAAGGAAGCCCGUGCCAAGCGCGAUCUCGGCCAGAAGAAGUUCAGAGAGGCCAAGGAGAGAGGCCUUCGGGAGUGUCUCCGAGGUCGCGAGGAACAACUAAGACAGAAAUGCGAGAAGCAGAGAGAGGAGCAGGAGCGUAUCAGGUUGGAAAAGGAAGCGAUGGAGAAGGAGAUCGAGCUGGAGGCCAAGCUGGCCGCACGUGCGAAAGAGGAAGAGAAGAAGAGAAGGCUGUGUUACAAGAAGGAACUGGAGGAGCAGUGGAGAUACGCGGACGACGCUCGUCGCCGCGAACUCGAGGAGGAGGAGAAGCGGCGCCUAGAGGAGUCGAAACGUCAGGAAGAAUACCAGAGACUCACCGAGGAGCUGCUGACGGCUUCCGAGAACAUCACCCCACAUCCGUUCAAGAUUUUGCUGAAGGAGUACGAAGCGCGUUACGCCGCGGAAAAAGCGGGUCACUGUUACUGUCCACCAUCGCUACAUGCGGAGUAGUUCAUCUAUAAUCGCGUAGAUUGCUUGCAAUGGCUAGUCAAGGUCGUAUUUACAGUAAUCCUCUUUGUAUUUCCUUUCACUUUUUAUGUCUACAUACAACGUACAACGUAUCGAGCUUUUUUUAUAGUAAGUUUUUAAUUGAGACAUUGUUGUCGAGCAGAUGUCGCUAAGUUCAAUCCUUGAAAUAUGAGUCGAUAACACAGUUUGCGCAAAUAGAAUCACACAAGAUGUUGAUGCUAUCCUGUACCCUCGUCUGCCGCUCGAUCCAUGCUGCAUCUCGGUGGAGAGGAUCAACGAUCUAUACGGUGAUCCAUAGCAGCAUUCGUACAGCGCGCACCAUCUUUUCGCGAACGGCUGAACCAUCACUCGAGUCGGUCAUUGGUAAUCUAGGUCUCUGCAUGUUUAUCGAUCCCGUAUCUACCGCGAUAUACUUUCAUUCGGUAUCACUUUUACGCGAAUGUUUUAAAAAACUAUUUCAACCAUGGUCGAAGAAACCACGUCAGCAGAAGUUUUUCCCUCUCGGUAUUUUCAACAAGCAAGGUUUUUGCGCGACGCUGUUUAAAAAAUAAUUCAGCGGGCGAAAAGUAUCGGACGAUUUUACCAACAAAACACGCGAAAACGCAUAUGCAAAUAAUCG